AUGGGAGAAGAAGGUACUGCUUGGCUAAACUGUAACGAACGUCGUUUUAAUUGUUGGUUAGAACUCGAGAAACUCUAUGCAGAAGGUAAAGUGAGAGCGAUAGGUGUUAGCAAUUACAUGCUGCAGCAUCUAGCGCCUCUAGUUGAAGAUAUAUUACAAAGAAAAAAAGCAGGAGAUAAAUUCGCAACUAUACCGAUGAUAAAUCAAGUAGAAAUCAGUGUUUUCUGCGAUUUAGAUCCAGAAUUAUUGGCGUUUUGUCAAGAACACGACAUUCGAAUAACAAGCUACGCAACUAUGGCACGCCAAGAAAAAAUUAACGACGAGAAAUCAACCAAAAUUUUGAAAAGCGUAGGUGACAAAUAUAAUCAAAGUAUACAAAACGUAAUGCUUAGAUGGGCGUUACAAAAAGCAUAUACCAUUAUACCCAAAACAAGCAAGAUCGAACGUCUUGAAGAAAAUUUAGGGUGUUUGGAAUUUGAACUAACCCCAGAAGAUAUGAAUAAAUUAAGCUCACUAAAUGAAGGAUUUAGAACAUGUGGAGAUCCGCAUACAAUAAGCUAA